GAGGAAGCCGGAGGGGCGGGGGAAGAGGCAGUUCACAGUAAUAAUAACAAGACAGAUACAACUCGUCUCUCAUCAGGGGAAAUACCGAUAGUUUCAACUCGUCGUUACACUUCCUCUGCAGUUGUAGAGUUGAGUCAUCCAGUAGGCCUGUUACUGCGGGCUGCGUGUCCUUUUGUGUCUUUUACUGUUGCUGUCCACACCUGUGAGGGAUCAUAAAGAGUGUGUUGACGUCUGAUUCUUAAUCCACUUUACUGGUCACAACAUUUGCUGAUACAGCAAACUUGAGAUGAGCUGAAGACACCGGGGGGAUCCUCACGGCAGACCGUCAGGUGAUGAGAGUUGAAAGGCCGUAGCUGAAAGUCAGAGGUAUCAUGGAGGAAGACAGCAGGCCACUGCUGAGCUCAGAGCAAACUGGAGAGAGCUACUCACACAGAGGCUCAGCAGACUCCCUGGACUUCAAGGCUAAAAGGCCUUUCCACGUAGAGCCCAGGAACAUCGUAGAUGAUGACCCACAGGAAAGAGUAUCUGCUGAGGCUGCCAUCCUCAACAGCAGACUCCACUACUACAGCAGACUGACAGGCUCUUCUGACAGACUACUGAGUCCUCCAAACCAUGUGAUCCCCCGCCCAGAGGAGAUCUACAUCUACAGCCCACUGGGGACGGCUUUCAAGGUGACAGGCAGUGACCCGUCCUCUAAAAACCCCAGUAUCAUCACCAUAUUUGCCAUAUGGAACACAAUGAUGGGCACAUCCAUACUCAGCAUACCUUGGGGCAUAAAGCAGGCUGGUUUCACUCUGGGGAUCCUCAUCCUCAUCUUCACUGGCCUGCUGAUGGUCUACUGUUGUUACAUCGUUCUCAAAUCAUCAAAGGCAAUACCCUACGUGGACACAUCCGACUGGGAAUUCCCUGAUGUUUGUAGGUACUACUUUGGCAAAUUUGGCCAGUGGUCCAGCUUGGUCUUCUCGAUGGUGUCACUUAUUGGAGCCAUGGUGGUUUACUGGGUCCUCAUGUCCAACUUCCUCUACAACACUGGGCAGUUUAUCUACAACUAUGCUCACAAUGUCAACAUGUCAGAUUCGGAGUUCGGAACCAACGGCUCAGAUAAAGUCAUCUGUCCAUACCCAAACACUGACCCUGGAGUGAACAACACCAUCAGCACAGUUUACUUCAUUAACAGUGGAAAUGAUACUUCUGAUGUCAGUUCUUUUGAACACUGGUGGAGCAAAACCAACACCAUCCCCUUCUACCUCAUCAUCCUGCUGCUGCCACUACUCUGCUUCCGCUCAGCAUCCUUCUUUGCAAGGUUCACCUUCUUGGGAACCAUAUCAGUGAUUUACCUGAUUGUUCUGGUCAGUGUUAAAGCUUUCCGCCUCGGCUUCCACCUAGAGUUCCACUGGUUUGACACAACCGAGUUCUUUGUUCCAGAGUUCAGGCUCCUCUUCCCUCAGCUGACUGGUGUCCUCACUCUGGCCUUUUUCAUUCACAACUGCAUCAUCACACUAAUGAAGAGUAACAAGAACCAAGACAAUAAUGUGCGGGACCUGUCCAUUGCCUAUCUUCUAGUAGGGCUGACCUAUCUCUAUGUGGGAGUGUUGAUCUUUGCUGCCUUUCCCUCACCUCCUCUCUUCAAAGACUGCAUUGAACCAAACUUCCUAGAUAACUUCCCCAGCAGUGAUGUGAUGGUUUUUGUGGCUCGGACGUUCCUGUUGUUCCAGAUGAUCACAGUCUACCCCCUGCUGGGAUACUUGGUACGGGUCCAGAUGAUGGGCCAGAUCUUUGGGAAUCAUUACCCCAGUUUCUUCCAUGUCCUGGCACUGAACAUCUUAAUUGUUGGAGCUGGUGUCUUGAUGGCCAAGUUUUAUCCCAAUAUUGGAUCCAUUAUACGUCGUUCGGCUUUGGUACGGGCCAUGGUCAUCCCUCACCCUGACUACUACAAUGCCCCUCUGGUGGAAACCCCUUCACAGUAAGGAAAAGCCUUGCAAAUGAUCCAAAAUGCAGCAGCACGUGUGGUCUUUGAUCAGCCUAAAUGGGCAUGUCUGUCUGCUGUCCACUGACCUCCAAUGGCUAACGACCACCCAUGGCCAAGUGACCAAGUCACUAAUCUGUGUCUGUUGUAGGGAUAGACCGAUUAUCGGUGCCGAUAUUCUGCAUUUUGACGCAUAUCGGCAUCAGCCUUUUUUUUAACUCCGACGGCCGAUAAGAGAUCAAUUUAAAACUGGAUUAUUUUGGCCCUGAUGCAGCCUCACCUCGCUGUCUCCAGCAUUGUCCCACCCACAGCACCAUCUGAUUGGUUACACGCAGAGCCAUGGCACGGGUAACAGCCAAUCAGCAGUGAAAGCUGUGCAUGCACAGUGCUCACACAUGGCAGAGAGGAAGUGAGGAAGAAAGAGUUUUGCUGGGUGGAGAAGCUCCGGAGAGCAGAUAUAUAUUUCUUUAUUUACUGUAGAAAACUUUAGGGAGCUAUUUAUUUGUUUAAGUUUUCAUUUAACUUUAUAAGACAUGCUACUGAGCCUGGGAGCUCCCUGUACUUUUUGUUAGAAUUUCAAAACAAAGAUGUCUAUUGUCUAAGGUAAUAAAUAAUAAAAUAAACAUAUGCUUAAAGGCAUUUAAACAAAGUGAAGUGUUGGAGUUUGUAUUAUCCAAAAUUUUGACGGCAGUAUUUUCACUUUUACUGCAAAUGAAUAUCGGCUCCAAAUAUCGGUUAUUGGCAUUGGUAUCGGCCCUGAAAAAAACAUAUCGAUCUAUCUCUAGUCUGUUGAGUUUGCACCCAUCUCCUUGAACUCAGCCAUACAGGCUUAUGCCCCCUCUUGGGCUCCUCCAAGGAUCAUUGUCUGGCAUGGCCAUCCCUUGCACAUAAGGCAUUUUCAGUCCAGACUGUUCUCAUUUGUGGUCCCCUGAUGGUGGAACAAACUAAGUAGUAUUUAGUACUUACUUUACUUAUUUCAAGGUCUCCUACUGCACUUUAACAUGCAAACAUGUUAGCAUUUCUGGUGCUGUCUUGAAGUCCAGUUGCCCUUGCUUCAACUUUUCUUGGAUACACAGGAACAGCAUAAGUUGGUAACAGUAGUGUCAUUGAGUCAUACAACCAUGCCGGGUGACUAAUGCUGGUUAACAAAUUCAAAGAUGACGUCUCUCUGACAUCUCAGACUUGACAAAGCCGUCCCACAGCCGCAGAAGACGAUACAGAACUAUCUAUUACUCAGAAGGUCACUGUGAUUCCAAAGAAAACAUGCUUUUAUUGUCCAUAAACAUGAAUCACAAAAAGUGCUUAUUUUGGCCUGUCUCGCUUUUCAAGAGGAGCUUCUUCAGACUCCACCAGACGGUCAGUAUGGCUCUGCUGGGGGAGCACAUUUUAGCAAAAGAUUUUGCUUUUUAAAUGGGAAAAAAACAUCAUGAGGAUGUUCAUGUGCAAAGCUGUGUGCUUUUUAUAGUCUCAACAUAUGUGUCACUUUUUCUGUUAAAGCUAGAUUUAUAUUUACUUUUAUUUAGUGUCAGAUUUCACCUAUUGAUAUCACCUCCACAACCCUAGACCCAUGUGUUAACAGGCUCUAUCAUGCUUUGUAUUUCCCACAGUAAGUGUGUUUACAUUUUUUACUUUACAGAUACAGAGCAAGCUAUUUCACUCUCAACAAACUCCACCAGCAUCAGAAACAUGUAGGAGAAACACAAGCAGCCAAUCACAGUUCUUGCCUUAUCUACGUGCUACUGCUGUUGAUGCCAUAGCCCUGACACAUGGUUACAUUUUUAUGGUGGCGCAUGUCAGCUAUGCUUUAAGCUACAGCAAAACCUUGGAGCCCUAUGCAUGUAGCUGUUGUAGACAAUGGUAUGAAGGUAUAAACCCAUCUUAACAUUUCUUACACAUUUGGCAGCACUGUCAGCUGAGGGGUUGAAGGCUCCCUGUCUCUCUCUCCCUCUGUUUCAUAGCAUCUCUUUGUCAGUAAUAAAGGUGUAACAGUUCUUGUUCUUGCCAUUUAUACUACCAAACACACAUCUGUCACUCGCUAGUACAAUUUCAGAGAUUAAGAAGUUUUUUUUUUAAAAGAUUUUCACUGUAUGAGUGAUCUACAUGAAAAAGAUCCACACUCUCUCAAACAUGCCUUUUUUACAUUUUCACUUGGGUGUCAGAUCAGAUAUCAGAUUUUUCCAGUAGAAUUCCCUCCACAUGUCUUAAUUGGUGGAUCUUCCACAUGUAUCCAGCAAAUUGUUAUCUGAUCUCAUAUUAAGCUCUAUCCCAUUUUCCUGUUAUACAUUUAGUUGAAUGAUUCUAAUGCUGAAAUUCCUCUUAUCUUACACUAAUUGUCUGUGCAAAUUGUGUUGGAUCAUACCCUUCAAUUCCAUGGAGGGAUCUGUUAGCCCCUAACACAGAUUCUUUAUAAUCCAUGUGUGUUGUGCACCUGUAGAAACAUAUAUAGCAAAGGUUUGCUACCAGGCAGAUCCUUAUACCCUGAUGAUAUGUUGUUUUCUGUCAUACUUCUGCAUAACAUACAUGAACAUACUUGUUUGAUGCCGUCAUCAUGAUUGAGCAUGGAAGUUCAUUCUUGAUGUAACAGAAUACUCUUCAUCAAUAUUCCCUCUAAGCUGUGCAUCUGCGCAAUCGCACACUGCUCCCGCUUUCUCCGCGCACAGCUAAACUAUGUAACACAUAAAAUUACAGUGUGCACGUCUGAUGUUGCUCACAGUGGUCCAAGGAAUUCUCAGGGAGUUUGUGUGUAUGCUCAGACACAUGAAAAAUUAGGGGGAACAUUGCUCUUCAUGCAACAAAAUAAUCCAAGCUGGAGGGUUUGAAGUGGUUUACCACGGUCAUUCUUGAAUAAAAUGUUAAUUCAUUACAAAUUUUGCAUUUCACCUUUUUUGGAUUGUGUUUAGGAUGCAGCUAAAGUCCUCAGUUUUAUCUGUUAAUGUCCUAUACUGAUGUUAACUCUCUGUCUCCAC